CUCUCUCUCUCUGCUUUACUUGUAGGCUACUGUGCUUAUUUAGUACUUGCCUUUGCUUGCUCUCCGAAGAAAGCAGCUCUUCGCUUUCAUCGCUUCUUUACUUUGUCUCUUCAAUUAUGAUUUCUAUAUUUUUAAAAUCCAUAGUGGAAUCAACUCAAUAAUUAAGGUGAAGUAAUCAGGAACGAGAAGGAAUUGAUGUAGCAGAUCGAUCUUCACCUCUUGUACUGUGAUUUGUGAAGGGUUGAGGUUCCCCUACCCUGUUUCGAUCUUCUUCGAUUUCUUCGGCGGAGGUUAAUCUCUCAAGGAAACGAAGGAGUUUGGGAGAGAAAGAGAAGAGAAGAUAUGGGUCAGGAGGCAUUCAUUUACAGCUUCGUUGCAAGAGGGACUAUGAUCUUGGCUGAAUACACUGAGUUCACUGGCAAUUUUCCUGCUAUCGCUUCUCAGUGCCUUCAGAAACUUCCUUCCUCCAACAACAAAUUUACUUAUAGCUGCGAUCACCAUACUUUCAACUUCCUUGUAGAAGAUGGCUAUGCAUAUUGUGUAGUUGCGAAAGAAUCUGCAGGGAAGCAAGUUUCUAUAGCCUUUUUGGAACGAAUGAAAACAGACUUUAAAAAGAGAUAUGGUGGAGGUAAAGCUGAUACUGCCAUUGCCAAAAGUCUAAACAAGGAAUUUGGGCCUGUUAUGAAAGAGCAUAUGCAAUAUAUCAUUGACCAUGCUGAAGAGAUUGAGAAACUUUUAAAAGUGAAGGCUCAAGUUUCAGAAGUUAAAAGCAUUAUGCUUGAAAAUAUUGACAAGGCUGUUGAUAGAGGUGAGAAGAUAGAUAUUCUUGCUGAUAAAGCAGAAGAUUUGCGUUCUCAGGCCCAAGAUUUCAAGAAACAAGGAACACAAAUCCGGCGAAAAAUGUGGUUUCGGAAUAUGAAAAUAAAAUUGGUUGUCCUAGGGGUCCUUUUAAUUCUAGUCCUUGUGAUCUGGCUUUCUAUUUGCCAUGGUUUUGACUGCACCAACUAGUCUUUCUUAAGCACACAAAUUGGAGCAUACAAGCGCAAAGUUCUGGAUUGAUGCAAGCACAUAUUCAUUAAAAAUGAUGGAAUUCAGAAGGGGAGAGAUGUGGUUAUGGAGGAAAAAUUCUAAGCCAUUAUUUUUUUUUUCUAUAAGCAGAAUUUUGUUAGAGGCAUCAGUUAAAAAUUUGAGAUUUGUUUGGUGGAAGUCAGCUGGUUAUAUCUGUUUCGAAUCCUUCUCUCUGUUUCUCUUUUGAAAAUAAAAUACAUAAGGUAAUGUAUCGGCUCUGCCGGUGACAGGUUUAGAGUUCGUGUAGUAUUUCACUUAAUUUAUUGAGCAUAUUUUUAUGUAACUGUACAUAGGUUCCAUUUGAGUAGUUAAAGGUUAUUUGUCUCUGUUAA